GUGAAGUUAAAGGAUGAACACGACGACGUCAGUGACAUCAGUUGUCUUCUCGGACAGCACGGAUGUAGCCACGACAGAGGCGGCGAUGACCAUUGAGAGUACAUCAGUUCCCAACGGUGUGAGCACAUCCCCGUGGGAACAGCCGACAUCAUCCGGACCAGAUCUAGGAACUUCUCCGCAGGACCUGGACCGAGACAGCAUCGUCAUGACAUUCGGGACCGUAACGGGUACCAUCGCCGCUUCGCUGAUGUGCAUGACGUGCAUAUUCGGCAACAUCCUUGUGGUCACCGUAGUGCAGCGAAGUCGUCGACUGCAGAGCACGACGAACUAUUUUGUGAUAUCGCUAGCCAUUGUGGACCUGGUCAUGUCGAUCCUCUGUAUGCCUUUCAUGAUUGGUCUAAUCAUUGCAGAUGAGUGGGUGUUUGGUUUGUUUAUCUGUAAGCUGGUGAGGUUCUUGCAAUAUAUGAAGCCGGGUGCAACCGUCUAUGUGCUAAUAGCCAUCGGUGUCGAUCGUUUCUACACUAUUCUGUAUCCACUGAGCUUUAAAAUCACUCGCGGAAAAGCGAAGAAAAUGAUCAUCAUUAGUUGGUCCAUCGCAACGCUCAUAUCGUGUCCUUCCUUUUAUUUCUUCGUGCUUACAGAACUAGGAGGGAACACAACAGUUUGUAUGCCUUUCACUUCCUUGGAAGCAGCUGGGAUAAUGUACAUCACUGCGUUGCUCCUCGUUGAAUUCAUCUUGCCCAUGAUCUUGCUUCUGAUAACAUACGCGCGAAUUUUCCGCCAUAUUUGGACGGUCGGUAUACGCGGACGCGCCCUGCAGCGGACAAUGAACAGCGUGCCGCGCGCAAAGGUCAAAACUGUUAAAAUGCUCAUGAUUGUAAGCAGUGUUUUCUUCAUCUCAUGGACGCCGUUCUUCGUCGUUCAGGAGUGGUUCACGUGUGCUCAAGACUUGACGCAGAUUAGCCAAACGGAGGUGAACAUUUACUGGGUCACAGUCUGGAUUUCGCUGACGUCAUGCGCGUGGAAUCCGGUCAUAUACUCGUGCUACAACCCGAACUUUCGAAGAGGUUGCAAAGAGGUAUUCUGUGUCUCCACGAUGAAGUGCUACCGGAAGGACACAUACGCCAUUACGAAUUCGUCCAAGUUCUCGCGCAAAAAUCACGUUGGGGUGCUAACUGAGGAAGUUGAGGGCGGUCGCUCGUUCACCUCAUACCGUGCAUUCGAUCGCGACGCCAACGGGGACAAAAAGAUGGCAUGGCCUCUGCCUACCACUACGUCCACAACAUAUUUAUGAUACUGAUGAGGUAAUUAAAGUCAUUCUGUUCCUUCGAAUAUAAAAAAAGACUUGACAGGAAACUUAGUGAGGAAAGAUGUCUUAAUUUGUAUACAUUGCCCAACGCCCACCGCACCGGCUCGUCUACAUCCGAUUUCAGAACAAAUUGCAUUUUGCUCAUUUUUAAAAAAUGUGAAUGAAAAGUAAGCCUAUUAACUGAAAGCAUUCUAAUUUAACAAUUUUUGAUAAUUGUAAACCUUUAUUUUGUAGUAAGGUACACAUUAGUUCCAAAUCGUAGCCAAUCGUACGAUUGCUAUGACAUCAUAACGACUAGGAAUACAUUUGCUUUUAUUCUAAUAGACCUAAGUAUUAGCAUAAUUAUAGUCAUUGAUUUGAACACAGUAUGAUAUUUCAUGUCUCAAUAUUAGUAUAAAAAUCUACUACUUUUUUUAUUCACAAAUCGGGUUGCAGACCGAUCGUCUGGAAUUUACGCAUUGAGAGUAUUAUUAUUUUAUGGUAAAUUAAUCCCUUUCCUCUGUCCUGCUGGAUAGAACAGUGGUCUAUGUGAAAAAAUAUUAUUCACACUGUUAAAAUGCUCAAAUUCAACUUCGAUAGUGUGUCUGUUCACAGCGUGUUCUUAUGGUCGACUAUGUGAUUAUGCGAUUUACACUGUUGAAAUGCUCAAAUUCAACAGUGUGGAGGGGAUUUUACAUUGUAUUCCCCACUGUGAACACACUGUGGCACCCACUGUGGGACACUGCAUCCUUUCCAGUCGGGAAAGGUGGAGAGGAUAACAGUUUACGUCAUUUAAUACGUCUCACGAAAUAAUGAAGUCCUAAUCUGAAACUAUCUAGAAAUUUAACACUACUUUUGAUGACUGUUGCCUAUGAGGUGUUGUAAGUAUCGGUACUUACGUUAAAUUAUAGAUAAAGAUAAGUCCGAACAUGCCAAGAAGUUCAGUUGCAACUGAAACCUAAUCAACUACAAAUCUGCAAGGAAUACAGAUGCAGAUAUUUUGACCUACGCUUCAUUAUUUUGAAUUAAACGUAAGCUUCUUGCACAGUCCUUUAUCGCUGUUUUAUCCGACAAGUCCUGUUUUAUCAAACAGUUACCUUAGUAACAGUACCCCUCAGCCAAUCAGAAUCAAGGAGAGUUGGCAGAUCUGACAACUUGUCGGAAAAAAAUGUUGGAGAAAUACUCUCAGAAUCAUAAUGACAUUGAUUGCCUGUCGUAACAAGAAAAGACGUGUCGUAUGAUCAAAGUGCAAUUUUCCCCCUUAAAUUUGAUUUUGAACAAAUUGUGCAAAUAAAUUCGUCCAUUUUCAACAGGGCCUAUCCGUUUACAUUAUACGCACUCGUUAUUCGUGUUUUGAUAUGGGUAUUUGUAUUUUAGAGGUAAUCAAAUUUCGAAUAUCUCUAUUUAAAACAUGAACGGCUUUUAUGAUUGUGCCUUUCAUAUUACAUACAUGUAUCUUGACAAUAACAUGAAUAUGGUAUCCAUGUACAUGUAAGUAUUGACGAAGUGCUGAUCAUUAUGGUAUUCUAAUCUUUGCCUGUUAUUGCAAUGUUGUAUGCAGGCUCCUCAUGAUUACAUAACCACGUUACGUUGGCUCCUCAUGAUUACAUAACCACAUUACGUUUCAUUCCUUUUUGGAAAGAGCAGUGUCUCACAGUUUGGAACAUCACAUCAAAUCAUCUCCUCUUUAUAAAAAUUCUCAAUUUUAAAACAUCGUAUUAUGUGAACACACUGUAUAUACGCAUGAUGUGUAUUAUUCACAUUGUUGAAAUGCUGAGAUUUAACACAAAUCCCAGAGAGCAUUAUGUGAACACACUCUGAAUACUUAAACUGUGUAUGUGGACUGUACACAGUAUGAAAUCACGUUCACAUUGUUUAAAUGCUCAGAAUUGACAUAGCGAAGUUCAAUUCACAGAGGCCAUCACGUGGACACAUCCAAUGUGAAUGUGAACACACUGUGAAUACUAACACUAUGUUUAUAAACACACUGAAAUUAUCUUCGAAUGGUAAAAUCUGAGCAUUUUUAUAACUAUGGAAUCAUAUCACAAACUCUAUCACUGUUAACACUGUGUUGCACUGGUCUUUCCAGCAGAAAUAGUUCUCAAAUAAUCUAUCUAAUCCAAUCUCCCAUGAAAGUAGUAAAUCUGUAUAAUUUUUGUUAUCAAAAUGUGCACAUUUUAUCUUAAAAAAAUAGGCCUAUAGAAAUUUAUCUUGCCAGGUUAUAAUAGGCCCUUCACGUUAUUCUUUGCUUUAUCGAUAUGCAAAUUACAUUUUUUAUGUUAUAGUGUACAGUAUGUGCAAUAGACGCUCAUUGAAACCAUCACCCAAGGAGAGAAUCAACGUUAUCACAAAGAAGCAAUUUAAUCAAUUUUCAAAUUUUCAUUAAAGUCCAUUCCAACAAAAAAUUGAUUUGAAUAUAAAGAGGUAAAUCCAACAAGCAUAACACUGAAAAUUUCAUCAAAAUCGGAUGUAAAAUAAGAAAGUUAUGACAUUUUAAAGUUUCGCUUAAUUUCACAAAACAGUUAUAUGCACAUCCUGGUUGGUAUGCAAAUGACAAGACUGAUGACGUCAUCCACUCACUAUUUCUUUUGUAUUUUAUUAUAUGAAAUAUUCUAAUUUUCUCCUCACUGUCAAGUGAAACAGUGAUUAAUGCCUCCCUGAACAUGUGGAAUUAGCAUUGUUUAAUACUAUAUGAUUCAGUCAAGUCGGUCCCUAUGGUCAAAUCUGUAAAAAAAAUGAAAUAUUGUAUAAUUCAAACAAUAAAAACAAAAUAAAUAGUGAGUGAUGGACAUCAUCGACUGACUCAUUUGCACGUCACUGAUUGGUGCAUAUCACUGUUUUGUGAAAAAAAAAAGCGAAACUUUAAAAUGCCAUAACUUUCUUAUUUUACAUCCGCUUUUGAUGAAAUUUUCAGUGUUAUGCUAGUUUAAUUUUUCUCUAUUUAUUCAAAUCAGCAUUUUGCUGGGGUGGACUUGACCUUUAAAACUCGGUCAUAAAUUAGAGAGAGAGAGAGUUAUGGAGGUUUGAAAAGUCUCGCAACACUUUCUAUAGGAAUCCUGAAAUUAGCAAAAAAAUGUUUCAUAAUGGGUGAUUUGUUGACAACUCUCUAUUUGUUUGUACACAGAUAUUCAGAUUUUCUCCCUUUUAAAUCGCAUCUUGCCUCCUUCAGAGCCCAAUCCAUGUGGUUUGAAAAUAUAAUCACACAAAUAUCUCAAGGUCAGGAAGAGAUAAUAAAAAAACGUAUAAUUAAAAGUAGAUUGGAAAAUCUGAAAGUUUGUGAAGAAAACAAAAGGAGAGUUGUCCAAAAUACCCGCCGCGGCAUUUUGAAGCAUGUUUGCCAAUUUGAGGAUCCCUAUAGAAAAUGUUGCAAUGCUUAUCGAACUUCAAUACGAAACUGAUUUAAUAACCGACCUUUAAUGAAAUUUUUUUCAGAUUGAUCAUCUAAAUUUUCUCUUUCAGAUAAGAUUUAUCUUAUCCGUGGGUUUUUGUCUCCUUUUAAUAUUUUAUAUGAAAACAAUAUUUUUCAGAAUUUUUUUUGUAGAAUUAUUCAUUUCAUCCUGAAAUAAAUCAGGAAGAUUGUGUAUUUGACAAGUUUGAAGUUUAGAAUAUUUAGUAAGGCAACAGUCAACAGUUACUCUACGAAUAGCAUCUAAAUCGUCAUUGGAAAUACGACGUACGGUGUUCGGUCGCUUCGCCGAUGCAACUAUAUGUAAUUUCCUUUCUUCAAAUUUCUAUUUUUUGUCAUGAUUAUUGAUAGUUGUGAAUUAUCUCUUCGCAAUUUACGUGUUUUUGCAUCUAAAUUGAUUUGAAGCUUGGUUUGUGACAAUUCCAAACUGUACUAACGAUUUUGUAUAAAUAUUCAACCUACAUGCUUUUUGCCAAAAGAAGUAUAUACCUUGCCAUAUACGACUAUGGGAUACGAUCCAUUAUUGUUAAUACUUUGCAUUUUCUUUGUCGUUAGAAUCUUGUAUAAUCAUAAUGAAGAUGUAUAAGAAUUAGUACAAGUAUGAUUUUUUUUAUUUGCAAGGUCACCAAGAAUGCUUAGAACAUUCCGUAUUAUUUGAAUGCAGAAUAAAAGGGCUCUGCAGAUUAAUGCCUUGCUCACUGGCGUAGGUCCCCGGCCCCGGGCAUGAAAUUACGUGGCGUGGGAUCGAACUUUUAUGUGUAGUACCCAUAUGCGGCGGAAGGGGGGGGGACCUGUCCCCCCCCUCAAUUUUCUGUUGAUAACUUUCUUUUUUUUUGCUUGCCAAAGUUUUUCGGUGGUCCCUCUAAAUUUUUAGGCUUCCGCCGCCAAUGGUAUUACCACUCGGUCCCGGUACCUUCAAAUACUGAUGAGGAUAAUGAUACGACCGACUUAAAAGUUGUAAUAUUUACAACGCCGGACGAUAUCAUUGUCAUGUAUGAGACAAACAGUAUUAGGUCAAAAUUCUGGCAAUAUUGAUUUAAAAAGGAGCGUGAACAUGACCAUGGUUGAUCAUCUAUUGCACUGCAAAAACUCCGGUGUUGAUUUAACACCAGCCCGGAAUCUAUACAUGUCCACACCAGAUAAGUUUUGAAACAACUGUUUGGAAUCAAACCGAUGCUGUAAUACUAAUUGGCAUUGUUAUAAUUGUAUAAACACAUAUCUGAUUUUAGACCAAAAGGAAAGUGGUGUUGUUUAACACUUCUCUUGUGUGGACAUAUAUAGAUUCCGGGCUGGUGUUUAAUCAACACCAGAGUUUUUGCAGUGUGGUACUGGGGGUGUUGUAACUAUACUCAACACCCCUAUAUCCAUUCACAGUACAGUAUUCCUCUGUGGCCUGGUCCCUGAAAUAGAAUACAUGCUUGUUAUAAUGAGCUUUAAAAAAAUACUCAGAGCCUUUCAUACGGACACAACAUUGCUUAAAAUUGAUGCGGGGGUAUUCUGCAAUAAAUAUAGAGUGAAUCUUCGCUCUUUUCCGAGUUGACAAAUCUUUUUAGAUCCUACAACGUGGCUCAAUAAGAAGCUCGUAUCGCUAUUAUUGUCAGACACUUGAUACAAUGUGAACAUUUUCGUCGAAUUCGUUUUUUUAUAUACCGUCCUUAUGAACUUUGCCUGUAAUCUAUAUUUAUGAAGAUCAAAUUCAAGAGUAAUUUUUGGUAUUAAAAUUAAUGACUGGAUGUUUGAAAUGUACCUUUAUUGCUCCAUUUUCGGUUAUUUAUUUUCACUUGUUAUGGCGUAUACACGAUCCACAUUCGCACUCUCUCUCUCUCCCUGCGUCUCACUCUAGUUUCCCCCAUCUUUCCCUUUUAUUAUUUAAAGGGGAAGUUCACCCUGACAAAAAAGGGUAUUGUAAAAAUAGCAAUGAAAUCAAUUUUAAAAAUAUUGGCAAAGGUUUGAGGAAAAUCCAUUAAUAAUGAGAAGUUAUUAAAUUUUUAAUUAUUUUGAUUUGUGACGUCAUAUGCGAGCAACUUUCCUACAUACCGUAUGGUAAAAAGAAUCAAUGAAAUGUCAUUUUCUCAGAAAAUUGAAAACGGUUUUUAUUGUACAUUCAGUAUAUCAACAAACAAAUCAAUUCACACCAGUCGCUAAAAAGAAAACAAAAAUAAGUCGUCACUAACCAUUAAAAAGGAAAUUUAUGCAUUUUAUAUUACAUAACAUAUGGGCAGCUGUUCGUUUAAGACGUCACAAAUCCAAAACUUAAGAUCCUAAUAACUUUUUAAAUCUUUCCUGGAUUUUUUUCUAACCUUCACCAAUAUUGUAUGAAUUUUUCAGCUAUUUUCACAAACGUUUUUUUUUUCAGGGUGAACUUCUCCUUUAAAAUUUCUCUUUUGGUCUCCGAUAUCCGCCUCCUUUCUCGAGCACACCGUACACAUAUUAUAUCCACAUUCCUCGCACUUACAAUCUUUACUGAGUAAUUACUUUAUUGUAUAUUUAUUUUGUAUGAAAUUUAGAUUGAUACAGCCCUUUUGAACAUUGUAAUUUCCUUAAUUGGACACCAGAACAAAGAUUCAUAAUAAAUGAUGAACUCAAUGAGACAA